GGGGGACUGCGGCUCGUUCUUGGAUGAGGUUCUGACUUCUGAGGAGGAUGGGGAUGGCUCACGGCGCCGUGACGCGACGAUCGGCGUCGGCAGCGGCGCGUCCCUGCUGUCCCUCCUGCAUGCUUGCCACCCAGCUUCGCCUCGCCACGCGUCUCGUGGACCAUUGCGCGCGUCCCUCGUGCCACGGCGCACCCGCAGCCAUGAGUGCCAGCGCUCCCGUCUCCCGACUCCCGAGCAAAUCGCUCGGCGCCUACUACUAGCCCGAAACCUAGGUGGUGGGAACUCGGGAUACGAGGUCCUCUUCUCCGCCGCUUGUCCUCGGCAAGCACAAACGCGGUAAGCCACCAACCGCCUUUCGAUCGCCGGGCUCCAUCCCUAAGCCAUCUCGCCGCCUCGUGAGUCGUGAGCCGUGAGCCAACCGACCUGCCAUCAUCAAUUAGUGACUUCCUGAACCUGCUUCGUGCGUCCUACCACUCCAAAGUUCCAACAAUCAAGAGAUUUAAACAAAGCCUUCCAUAACUUGUUGCCAAUAAGUGCAGGAUUUGGAGGCCACUGGGCUUUGGAAAUUCAAAGUAGACUGCUUGGAUCAUAACGAGAGAGCACAAAGGGCCUGGGUUUUGUAAACAGUUGGCUUUCACUAGAGUCGAUCCAUUCCAUACUGAGCUUUUGCAUAUCAUCAAUUCAUCACACAAUGGAUGGUGUGCGAUGCAUGGAGUCCCCAGCUGCUGGUGAUGCCCCGCAUAGUUCUUUCCGAACCCUUGGGCCAACACUCCUGGUUUCAAUGGGGUAUCUUGACUUCGGAAAAUGGUUGGUGGCAGUGGAAGCUGGGUCUCGGUUUGGCUAUGAUCUUGUCCUGCUCGUGCUGCUUUUUAAUCUAUCAGCUAUUCUGUGUCAGUACCUCUCGAGCUGUAUCGGCAUUGUCACCAAAAAGAAUCUUGCGGAGAUUUGCCACCAGGAGUAUGAUCAGAAAAUAUGUGUUGUUCUUGGUCUUCAAGCAGGACUGUCCUUGCUAACUUCUGAAUUUACCAUGAUUGCAGGCAUCGUAGUUGGGUUCAACCUUGUAUUUGAAAGCAACAAUCCCAUCACAGUCGUAUGUUUUACAAGUGUUGUAGUUAAUCUGCUACCAUAUACACUCUCCCUUCUGGACAAGAGGAAGGCUGGAAUGUUUAAUGCCUACGCAUCUGGCUUUACACUAGUUUGUUUUGUGCUUGGUUUAUUAGUGAGCCAUCCCAAAACCCCUGUCAAUACCAACGUAAUGUUCCCCAAGUUGAGUGGUGAAAGUGCUUACUCACUGAUGGUACUACUUGGCACAAAUAUAAUAGUACACAACUUUUAUACUCAUUCAUCAGUUGUUCAGGUUCAGAGAAGAUUUCAGGGUCAUACCCUUGGUACUCUGUUUCAUGAUCACCUUUUUUCUGUACUAUUUGCAUUUUCUGGUAUCUUUCUUGUGAAUUAUAUUCUGAUGAGUUCAGCAGUUGAUGAGUCCAAAAACACAAUGGCCAUUAACUUCCAAGAUGCUAGACAGCUAAUGAAUCAGGUGUUCACAAGUCCUGUGGCGCCAAUUGUAUUAUUAGUGGUCCUUCUCUUUUCAGGCCACAUCGUGUCAAUGACAUGUAUUAUUGGUAGUGAUGUAAUUUCAGAGGAUCUCUUCGGCAUAAAGCUGCCUCUUUUUGUGCACCAUCUGUUACCUAAGGUUUUUGCCAUGAUUACUACUAUAUACCAUGCGAAGGUUGUGGGUUUUGAAGGGUUAUAUCAGUUACUCAUGGUCUGCCCAAUUAUCCAAGCUAUGCUCCUUCCUUCGUCUGUUAUACCUGUUUUCCGCAUUUCCUCGUCGAGAUCAUUGAUGGGAAGAUACCGGAUAUCUCGAUGUGUUGAAAUAUUGUGCUUCCUAGCAUUUCUUCUAACACUGUUUACAAAUAUCAUUUUUGUGGCGGAAGUUCUUUUUGGUGAUAGCACUUGGACAAAUGACCUGAAAGGGAACACUGAAAACCCUAUUCUACUUCCAUAUAUCGUCGUAGUCCUGAUAUCAUGUGGAUCUAUUGGUUUUGCACUGUUCCUUGCUGUUACUCCACUAAAAUCAGCAUGUAAUGAAGCUGAGAGAGCGUUGUCUGUGCACUCAUAACAGAGAGAAACGUUGGAUGCCACUCGUCACAGCAAAACCGACUUCUCUGAGAAUAGGGCACAUGAAGCAUAUGAAGAACAGAGGUCCUUAGCCAUCCUUGUUCCACAGGAUUCACUGAAAGGUGAUAGAAAUAAUUUUCGUAGCAUAUCCGUCAUCUCAAAUUAGCUUUUGAUCACAAGGGCAGUUUCUGACGCUACUCUACAUGCAAAUCAUAUGUCUAGUAAUCCAGAAGUUCAUCCUUAGCAUUGACUGGACAGAGCCUAUGUCAACUGAAGGUUGUGCCCUUAAAAUUGACUGGACAGAGAGCCUAUGUCAACUGAAAAAGGUUGUGCAAAUAGACUCGGAUGCCUGCACGGACAACGCUCUGUUUGUGGAGAAGUCUGAAUAUUUCUUUUAUCAAUCACUAUUUCUCUUCCAUUUAAAUUCACAAUUAACAGGAUGGUUCUUAUCAUGACUGUACCUCUGUUUGUGGGAGUGGAAGUGUUGGCUUAUCUACCUAUUACUCAAAGAAACACCACUGUCUCACCUGACACCUCCGGUGAUUGCUGCAAACAGAAUGCUUUGUUGGUUGUUGAAUGAAGCAAAUUAAUGUGGACAGUGGUACUGCAAAUCAGGUGGUUCCUCUAUAGGAUACACCAUGUGUGGAGUCUGCAACAAGGUUCUAGUCUCAACUUGCACAUAUGGUGGCUCUUGCGAGUUGUGACAUGAUCGUCUGACAUCAAAGCGUGAAAGACGUUAAUAAAUCUGUUCAGGAGAAGCAGUCAUCUAGCGUGGCAAGCUUGGAAUUGACAAUGAGUGAGGUGGACACUGGUAGAUCUAGUAGCAGGGUCAAAGGAUGAUUUCUUUUACCAAGUAUGCUUGCAUUCGUGAGGCAAAUCAAUGAUACAUUAUUUAGAGCGUGAUUGGUUGCCUGCUCGGCCCAGCCUGAGCGUAUCCAGUCAUUCAGGCCCAUGGCGGCAUGCUAAAGAGGUGCAAUAGGCUAUUGUUUGGUUACUUUGUUUCAUCUCAUGAUGGCCCAUUAGAGCUUGCCUUUGGUUGCAAGGCUGUACAGACACUUGAGCAUGGCAAGCCUCCCAACUAGAGAACAGAAGACACCAGUCAUGACAACGAUGUUCUUUCUCCUCACUAAGUAUGCACCUUUUCCUCUUGUUGCCUGCCGCAGACCCACUAGUAGCACCUGCAGCUGCCUCCUAGCUCUUCGGAGCCUCCCCAAACAGCCUUGAAACAUCAUCAACCUUCAUGGCAUCUGUUUGUAGUGAGCUCUCAGCAAAGUAAGAUGUGGUACCCAUUGCAAACUUGCCAGUUGCAAGACCAUUGCCAAAGAUCACUUCCAUCUGCUUGUAAUUUUCUAUUUGGCAUGUUUAAGUACUCAGCAUUCUUAGCCCUUCA